AUGGCCUCACUGCUCAAGCUAUUUUUGACACUUGAACCGUCGCUUCGAUUUUAUCUACGUUCGCAACGUAUUGCUGAAAUUCAUGAAGCUCUAAUAUCAUCAUUACUUGUCUGUCAACCGAAAGAUCCUGUAGAAUGGUUACUUAGUUGCCUUAUGGAAUUACAUUCCUUGCCGCCAUCAGCAAAAAUCAAUCUUAAUUGGGAUUAUUUCAUUCCACAAAUCUAUCGACCUGUGGAUCGUCCAUUUAAUAUUGAAAGUUCAUUGAGCUAUGUUUUUGCUGUUUGUGAUGAUACAUUGGAGCCCAAUGAACGGCAAAUACGAAUGGCAAUUGAACAUUAUAAAUUACACAUUCAACGAAAACUUUUUUCAGCUUGGCUUCGUUAUCAUCUAACACAGCUAGGUCAAAAACGAUGGUUAGAAAAACGUGAACAGGCUGCCAGUGAAUAUUAUCGUGUACGAUCCUUGAAUAUCUAUUUUCGACAAUGGUCACAAUGGGUUACUCAUCGUCUUGCACGACAAAAAGCAGCUGCAUGUCAUAUCAAUCAUUGUACUGAAACCUAUCAAAUGCGAAUCAUUCUAAAUGAAUGGAAUCUUGUUGCUCAACAAGCACGACGUACACGGGAUUAUUUUGAUCGUGUCGAACGUGGUGAAGAAAAUCAACAAUUCAAUGGUUUCCUUAGCCAUGGAGAAGCACGUGAUGAAUUAUCUCUUCUAACACGUGAAGCUGCUGUUCGUAUACUUGCAUAUUUAGAUGUUGAUGAUUUAGCUCGAUGUGCUCAAGUUUGUCGUAAUUGGAAAAUGUUAACACAAUCAUCGAUGCUUUGGUCAAAACUUGAUUUACAUCGAACAAGUGAUGUACUUGAUGAUCGACUUGCAAUGCGUUUUAUACAACGAGCUCGACCUUAUUUACAACAUUUAAAUUUAAGAAAAUGUUCUCGUAUUGGUCGUCUAACUUUCCUUGGUAUUAGUAGUUGUAAAAAUCUACAAGAUUUAAAUUUAAGUGAAUGUUCAGCAGUCAAUGAUGAAGCCGUUAAAAUUAUAACAGCUGGUUGUCAUAUAUUACUCUAUUUGAAUUUGUCUCAAACUGAAGUGACUGAUCAAUCAUUUCGUAGUCUUGCGCGUAAUUGUCAUUUUCUACAAUAUCUUAGUCUUGCUUAUUCGCGUCUAUUUUCGGAUCGAGCAUUUCUUCAUAUAAUCAAUGGACGUGGCUGUCGUAAAUUAGCACAUUUAGAUAUUAGUGGAUGCACACAAUUAACAUCGGUGGGAUUCGAUGCUAUGUCGGAUGCUUUUCGUGAACUUGAAACUUUAGUGAUGGAUGAUAUGAGUAAUUUAUCAGAUAAACACAUGAAUCAAAUAUGUAAACGAUUAACUAAUUUAAGACAAAUAUCUAUGUGGUCAUCAGCUCGUCAACUUACAGGAUUUGCAUUUAGACACAUGAGUUCAUUAACACAACUAAUGACGAUUAAAUUUGAUUCAAAUAAAUUAGUUACCGAUGAAGAUGGUUUAAUCUCGAAUAUGAUACCAGUUAUAGAUUUUCGACUGUCUCAUGAUUCCCUAUAA